CCCCCGGGGGGGGGGCCGGAUAUCGCGCAUGCGCUCAGCGGACACAGGCUCCGGGGAAUCGGCGGCAGAUUGGAAAUGGCAAGGAAUUUGUGAACAAGAAUCCCAACACAAGAACACGUCAGCGUUGCUGUCUCUGCCAGAUAUUUCCUGUGUAACACUGAUAUGUCUGUUGUUGAUCCCUGGAGAUGAAGGUGUAUCUCAUCCCAGCUGGAAACGUGCUUUGUGUCUGAAAUGAAGUUUUCUAUUGUAACUCAGUGAAAUCCACUGGAACUGGGUACUGAGAGCACACCAGCAUUUGUUCAUUAGAGAGAAGCUCUUCAACUGCAUUGAUUGUGCGAGGAAUUCACUAUGUCUGACAUCUGACUUGAAAUGAGAGAGAACUGUGGGAAAGGAUUCACUCACUCAUCCCACCUGCAGAAACACCAGUGAGUUCACACAAGGAGAGGCCAUUCACUUGCUUAUACUGUGGGAAGGAAUUUGCCCAAUCAUCUCAACCGGAGAUAUAUAUCUGUGAGUUCACAGUGGGGAGGGGCAGGCUGUUCACCUGUUCUCUGUGUGGGACGGGAUUCACUCGGUCAUCCAACCUUGUGACGUACUGCAGUCACACCAGUCAGUUCACACUGGGGAGAUGCUGUUCACCUGCUCAGACUGUGGGAAGGGAUUCACUAACUCAUCUAACCUACAGAGACACCAGUUAGUUCACACAGGAGAGAGGCCGUUCACCUGUUCUUUGUGUGGGAAGGGAUUUACUCGGUUAUAUAGCUUGCAGACACACCAGUCAGUUCACACUGGGGAGAGGCCAUUUCCCUGUUCUGUGUGUGGGAAGGGAUUUGCUUCAUCAUCUCAACUGAAGGUACAUCAGCGAGUUCGCACUGGGGAGAGGCCAUUCACAUGUUCUCUGUGUGGGAAGGGAUUCACUCAGCCGGUCAGCCUCCAGAGACACCGGUCAGUUCACACUGGAGAGAGGCCGUUCACCUGCUCAGAGUGUGGGAAGAAAUUCUCUCAGUCAUUUCAACUGAAGGUCCAUCAGCGAGUUCACACUGGGGAGAAGCCAUUCACCUGUUCAGACUGUGGGAAGGGAUUCACUCGGUCAUCCCACCUGGAGAUACACCAGUCAGUUCACACUGGGGAGAGGCCAUUCGCCUGUUCUGUGUGUGGGAAGGGAUUCACUUCGUCAUCUCAACUGAUGGUACAUCAGCGUGUUCACACUGGGGAGAGGCCAUUCAUCUGUUCGGUGUGUGGGAAGGGAUUCACUCAGUCUUCCAGUCUACUAAGACACCAGUCAGUUCACACUGGGGAGAGGCCGUUCACCUGCUCAGACUGUGGGAAAGAAUUCUCUCAGUCAUUUCAGCUGAAGGUACAUCAGCGAGUUCACACUGGGGAGAGGCCGUUCACCUGCUUAGACUGUGGGAAGGGAUUCACUCGGCCAUCCAACCUACAGAUACACCAGUCAGUUCACACUGGGGAGAGGCCAUUCACCUGCUCAGACUGUGGGAAAGGAUUCACUCAGUCAUCCAGCCUCCGGACUCACCAGUCAAUUCACACUGGUGAGAAGCCGUUUACUUGUUCUGUGUGUGGGAGGGGAUUUGCUCGGUCAUUUCAGCUGAAUGUACAUCAGCGCAAACACACUGGGGAGAGGCCAUUCACCUGCUCAGACUGUGGGAAAGGAUUCUCUCAGUCAUCUGAUCUGAAAGUACAUCAGCGAGUUCACACUGGUGAGAGACCAUUCACUUGUGCUGUGUGUGGGAAGGGAUUUGCGCAGUCAUCUCAACUGAAGGUACAUCAGCGAGUUCACACUGGGGAGAGGCCAUUCACCUGCUCAGAUUGUGGGAAGGGAUUCACUCAGUCAUCCGGCCUUGUGGUGCACUACCGAAUUCACACUGGGGAUAAAGUUGAAAUAAGCAGCUUACUGGAUACUGAAGAAGACGAACUGGCCACAGUUAUGCCUGACAUGUUCUCGUCCAUUAAAUCUCUGGACCAAACCAUACUCACUCUGCCUGGUAAACACUUUACCAAGGUUCUGGAGGGGCUCUUCGCCAUUUUUGCCAAUCGUGGUUAUAUCAUCAAGGUUUUCACUGUCCCUGGCACAGGCCUAAUGUGCACAGCUGCUUUUGAGACUAUGGCGAGGAAACGACGCUCGCUGAAGAAACUCCCCGAUUCGGCAUUCGCCGUCAGAGCCCAGGCGAUCAAACGCGCAUGCGUAACGGUACCGGACGCUGCCCGGAUAUCGCGCAUGCGCUCAGCGGACACAGGCUCCGGGGAAUCGGCGGCAGUUCACACUUGGGAGAUGCUGUACACCUGUUCAGACUGUGGGAAGGGAUUCUCUCAGUCAUCUCAACUGAAGGUACACCAGCGAGUUCACACAGGAGAGAAGCCAUUCUCCUGCUUAGACUGUGGGAAGGGAUUCACUCAGUCUGCUGACCUGCUGGCACAUCAGUCAGUUCACACUGGGGAGAGGCCGUUCACCUGCUUAAAUUGUGGGAAGGGAUUCACUCACUCAUCCAACCUCAAGAGACAUCAGCGAGUUCACACAGGAGAGAGGCCGUUCACCUGCUCUGUGUGUGGGAAGGGAUUCACUCAGUCAUCCAGCCUACAGACACACCAGCGAGUUCACACUGGGGAGAGGCCAUUCACCUGCUCAGACUGUGGAAAGGGAUUCUCUCAGUCAUCUGACCUGAAGGUGCAUCAGCGAGUUCACACUGGGGAGAGGCCGUUCACCUGUUCUGUGUGCGGGAAGGGAUUUACUCGUUCAUCCCACCUACAGAUACAUCAGUCAGGUCACACUAGGGAGAGGCCAUUCAUCUGCUCGUACUGUGGGAAAGGAUUCUCUCAGUCAUCUGAUCUGAAGGUACAUCAACGAGUUCACACUGGGGAGAAGCCAUUCACCUGUUCAGACUGUGGGAAGAGAUUCAGUCGGUCAUCUCACCUGCAGAUACACCAGUCAGUUCACACUGGGGAGAGGCCAUUUACCUGUUCAGACUGUGGGAAGGGAUUCACUCAAUCAUCACACCUGCUGGCACACCAGUCUGUUCACACUGGGGAGCGACCAUUCACCUGCUCAGACUGUGGGAAGGGAUUCAGUCGGUCAUCCCAUCUGCAGAUACACCAGUCAGUUCACACUGGGGAGAGGCCGUUCCUCUGCUUAGACUGUGGGAAGGGAUUCACUCAGUCAUCACACCUACUGGCACACCAGUCAGUUCACACUGGGGAGAGGCCAUUCACCUGCUCAGUCUGUGGGAAGGGAUUCACUCAGUCAUCACAUCUACUGGCACACCAGUCAGUUCACACUGGAGAGAGGCCAUUCACUUGCCCAAACUGUGGGAAAGGAUUCACACGGUCAUCUAGUCUCAAGACACACCAGUCAAUUCACACUGGGGAAAGGCCAUUCACCUGCUCUGUGUGUGGGAAAGGAUUUGCUCGGUCAACUCAACUGGACACACAUCAGCGAGUGCACUCGAGGGAGAGGCCAUUCACCUGCUCAGACUGUGGGAAGGGAUUCGCUCAGUCAUCUGACCUGAAGGUACAUCAGCGAGUUCACACUGGGGAGAAGCCAUUCAUGUGCUCAGACUGUGGGAAGGGAUUUGCUCAGUCAUCUCAACUGAAGGUUCAUCAGCGAGUUCACACUGGGGAGAAACCAUUCACCUGCUUCGAUUGUGGGAAGGGAUUCACUCAGUUAUCUCAACUGAAGGUACAUCAGCGAGUUCACACUGGGGAUAAAGUUUAAUUGAGCUGCAUGCUCAAUAUUUAACCAUCACAGUUGCCGAAUCCAGAGACAAGUUCUAAAGUGACUUUUUCAUUUUUUUUGAGAUACAGUGAGGGCAUGCCUUUCUGGCCCUUCGAUUCACACUGUUGAACGAUCCCCUGAUUUAACUCUAGCCUAAUCAUAGGACAAUUUAGAACGACUGGACAAGGGAGAGCCAGUGGCUGUAGUGUACCUGGACUUCCAGAAAGCUUUUGAUGAAGUCCCACAUAGGAGAUUAGUGGGCAAAAUUAGGGCAGAGUACUGACAUGGAUUGAAAAUUGGCUGGCUGACAGGAAAACAGAGUAGCGAUUAAUGGGUCCCUUUCGGAAUGGCAGGCUGUGACCAGUGGGGUACCACAAGGUUUGGUGUGGGGACCGCAGCUGUUUACAAUAUACAUUAAUAAUUUAGAUGAAGGGAUUAAAAGUAACAUUAGUAAAUUUGCUGAUGACACAAAGCUGGGUGGCAGUGUGAAAUGUCAGGAGGAUGUUAUGAGAAUGCAGGGUGACUUGGACAGGUUGGGUGAGUGGGCAAAUGUAUGGCAGAUGCAGUUUAAUGUGGAUAAAUGUGAGGUUAUCCACUUUGGUGGCAAGAACAGGAAGGCAGAUUACUAUCUAAAUGGAGUCAAGUUAGGAAAAGGGGAAGUACAACGAGAUCUAGGUGUUCUUGUACAUCAGUCAAUGAAAGCAAGUAUGCAGGUACAACAGGCAGUGAAGAAAGCUAAUGGCAUGCUGGCCUUUAUAUCAAGAGGAAUUGAGUAUGGGAGUAAAGAGGUCCUUCUGCAGCUGUACAGGGCCCUGGUGAGACCCCACCUGGAGUAUUGUGUGCAGUUUUGGUCUCCAAAUUUGAGGAAGGACAUUCUUGCUAUUGAGGGAGUGCAGUGUAGGUUCACAAGGUUAAUUCCCGGAAUGGCGGGACUGUCAUAUGUUGAAAGAUUGGAGCAACUGGGCUUGUAUACACUGGAAUUUAGAAGGAUGAGAGGGGAUCUGAUUGAAACAUAUAACAUUAUUAAGGGAUUGGACACGCUGGAGGCAGGAAGCAUGUUCCCGCUGAUGGGUGAGUCCAGAACUAGAGGCCACAGUUUAACAAUAAGGGGUAGGCCAUUUAGAACUGAGAUGCGGAAAAACUUUUUCACCCAGAGAGUGGUGGAUGUGUGGAAUGCUCUGCCCCAGAAGGCAGUGGAGGCCAAGUCUCUGGACGCAUUCAAGAGAGAGUUAGGUAGAGCUCUUAUAGGUAGCGGGGUCAAGGAAUAUGGGGGGAGGGCAGGAACGGGGUACUGAUUGUGUAUGAUCAGCCAUGAUCACAGUGAAUGGUGGUGCUGGCUAGAAGGGCCGAAUGGUCUACUCCUGCACCUACUGUCUAUUGUCUAUUGACUCAUUAACCUACCAACCAAUACAUCUUUGAACUGUGGAAGGAAACCAGAGCACCUGUAGGAAAUCCAGGUGGCUAACAGCGAGAAUGUACAAAACUCCUUACUUGCAGUGGUGCGAAUUGAGCCCAGGUUGCCUGCACUGUAAAGUGUUGUGCUAACUACUACGCUACCAUGCUGAAUUCUGCAAUUAUUGCUGCUGUUCAUCGCACCCUGGUCAUUGGGCACGGGAGAAGUUUCUUCUGCUGAUGUUCACAGUAAUGGAACCGGAGCUUAAUAUUCUGGAUUUGUGACAAAUAAAUCAGUUCUGUUUUAAA